CACUUUCGCUCUAAAAGUUUUCAUGGUCAUUCAUAAAGGAUUUGAACUACUGCAACUACUAAUUCAUUUGCAGUUUAAUUUAAUCUUGUUUUUAAUCACUUUUCUCGAUUUUCUACAGCUUCAAUGCAUUUUUUUUUCAACUGGGUUUUUAAGAUCCAAAGAAAAAAAUUUAAAAGUUAGUUGAUGCGAGAACUAGCUUGACUAAUUUUUUUUUCAAGUUUGCUUUGCUGGGUACAUUUCAUUUUCCGAUUAAUGUGCUUACGUUUGAAGGGUUUGGUAUCUGUUUGAUUGUUGCCCUCCAAUUUUUCGACAACCUUAUUUUUUUUUCCUUGGUAAUUUUUCUGAUUCAUGUGCUGUCUUUGGCCAUCUUCUUAAUGACAGUUGCAUGUUUGAUUGUUGUUCUCAAAGAAAGUAGUCAUCUUAGAAUGGACUCGCUCCCUGAUGCAAUGGUGCACACUGUACUGUCAUACAUGAAUAAUGCCCGAGAUGUGGCAAUUUGUAACUGUGUAUCUAAGCGUUGGAAGGAUGUUAUGCCUUGUAUUAGUAGCCUCUAUUUCCCUCGCAAUUGUUUUGAUAAUCUUUCGGGCAGUGACCGUCCUGAUGAAAUUGUUUUGAGGAUGGUUUCCUCGAUCGAAAGGUUAGAAGAGCUUGUUGUUUACAGUCCAUUCUCAGGUGCUGGCCUCUCUUCAUGGCUAUCAGUAAUGGGUUCCUCUCUUAGGCACCUUGAGCUUCGGAUGGACAAUCUAACUGAACAGCAGGGUUGUCUUGAGAGCCCCUCUAAGUUAGAUUGUAUAAGCUUUGCAAAGAAUUUGGAAUCUCUUAAACUUUGGGGUGUUUUAAUGACCCAACCUCCCAAGUGGGAUGUCUUUCAAAAUCUUAGAAACCUUGAAAUUGUUGGUGCAAGAUUGGAAGACCUGGCACUUUCGGCACUGCUAAAAAUGUGUCCUUAUUUGACCAAUUUGCUGCUGCUUGGCUGUGAAGGAGUUAGAUCUGUUUCAAUUGAUUUGCAAUUUUUAGAGCGGUGCAAGCUUGAUUUUUAUGGCUUGGGUAACUGUUCGUUUUCAAUGAACUCUCCAAAAAUUGAAGUCCUUGAGGUGCAAGGUUGUAGUUGGAUCCGGGUUCGUGGGACUGAGCACUUGAAGAACCUCUCAAUUGCCAACAAUGCAGGGAGAGUCUACAUGGUUGAUUUCGGAAAGCUUGUGGCUCUGGAGUUCUUAUCCAUUAGAGGAGUCCAGUGGUGUUGGGAUGCAAUAUGCAAUAUGCUUCAAUGGGCAAGUGAGGUGAAGCACUUGUAUAUGAAAGUUGAAUUCACAGGAGAUUUUGAGGUACUUCAACCCUUUCCGGAGAUUGAUUUUGUUGAGUUCUUCAACAACCAUCCAAAGCUUCAAAAGUUUGAUAUCCAUGGAGCCAUGUUCGCAUCUCUUUGUCAAAAAAACAGCUUGAAAAGGAUUAAUAGGGGCUUUGUAAUUCCUUGUUUGGAGGAGGUGGCCAUCACAAUCAGAUCACCAUUGAAUGCUGAGCAGAAAAUGAGCACACUAGAGUCCUUUUUAAAGUAUGGGAAGUAUCUUAAGACAAUGACAAUAAAGAUUCUUCAGAUGAAGAGCAAUCACAGCAGUGCAGAUGAUUUCUUUGAUGAGAUAUGCAGGUUUAGAUACAUGAACAGGAAGAUUGUUCGAAUUGAAUAAUGGCUCAUUAAAUCUAAUUUCAUGUUCAAUUCAAUUUCAAGUUUUAUCUAAUUUUUCAAAUCUCUAAUUACAUGUUACAACUGAACUACUAAUUUGGUUCAAUUUGAAUUCAUAAUUGUUUCUUUUCUUUUCAUAA